AUGCGCAGCACGGCUCGCCCACUGCCCGUCCGGCCGCGGCGCGGGGCUACCGCGCAGGCGCUCCCUUCUCACGCACGCGCAGCUCGGCCCGACGUGGCGCAGGCGCAGCGCCGCGCGCGGGCCAAGAUGGCGGCCGGGAGCGCCUCACGCUGGCUCGGGGCCGCCGCCGCCGCCGCCGCCGUCAGGAGCCGCGGGCCGAGGAACGGGCGGCUGCCGCUGGUCUGGAUCGUCCGAGGGCUCGGCGCCGCGCCCGGCCCCGCCGCCCGCCGCCUCCUGCAGCCGAGCACCGGGUCCCAGCACGCGGGGACGAAGCGCGUUCCCGCCGCCUCCUUCCACAGCAGCGCGGCCCGCGCCAAGGAGGACUACUAUGAGGUGCUGGGGGUGCCGCGCUCCGCCAGCCAGAAGGAGAUCAAGAAGGCGUACUACCAGCUGGCAAAGAAAUACCACCCUGACACAAACAAGGACGACCCGAAGGCUAAGGAGAAGUUUGCUCAGCUGGCAGAAGCCUACGAGGUGUUGAGUGACGAAGUGAAGAGGAAGCAGUACGAUGCUUAUGGGACAGCCAGUUUUGAUCCUGGUGCGACAGGUGCUGGUGCUGGGCGCCAAUACUGGAGCAGUGGCCCAUCGAUUGAUCCAGAGGAACUCUUCAGGAAAAUCUUUGGAGAGUUCUCAGGAUCCUCCUUUGGUGACUUCCAGAAUGUGUUUGACCAGCCGCAGGAGUAUAUCAUGGAUCUGACAUUCACACAAGCAGCAAAAGGCGUUAACAAGGAGAUUGUGGUGAACAUCAACGAUGCCUGUGAGCGGUGCAAUGGGAAAGGAAACGAACCUGGUACCAAAGUGCAGCGCUGCCACUACUGCAAUGGCACUGGCAUGGAAACAAUAAACACAGGCCCUUUUGUAAUGCGAUCUACGUGCCGAAGAUGUGGAGGUCGUGCUUCCAUCAUAACAACACCAUGUGUGGUAUGUCGAGGAACAGGGCAAACCAAACAGAAGAAGACAGUGAUAGUUCCUGUGCCAGCUGGUGUUGAGGAUGGGCAGACUGUUCGGAUGCCUGUAGGCAAGAAGGAGAUUUUCAUUACCUUCCGGGUUCAGAAAAGUUCAGUGUUCAGAAGAAAUGGAGCAGAUAUCCAUUCAGACCUCCUUAUUUCAGUAGCACAGGCUGUUCUGGGAGGGACAGCCAGGUGUCAAGGCUUGUAUGAGACAAUCAAUAUCACGAUACCCCCUGGUAUUCAGCCAGACCAGAGAAUUCGAAUGAGUGGGAAAGGCAUUCCCAAGGUUAAUAGUUAUGGCUAUGGAGACCACUACAUUCACAUAAAGAUAAAAGUUCCUCAGAGGCUGACAGAUCGCCAGAGAGCCUUAAUGAUGAGCUACGCUGAGGAUGAGACAGAUGUGGAUGGCACAGUGAAUGGAGUCACAAAUACAGCAUCAGGGAAACGUUCUACUGGAAACUGAGAGCCAGCAGCAGCACAUCAUCCAAGCAGUUGGGGAUGAAUCCUGGCAGCAGGCACUGGAGAGUGAAGGAUGUCAGUCAGUAACACACUGAGAAUCCCAGCUGGAGAGGCCACAAACCACUGAGGCACCAACAACCAUCGUGAUACAGAAGCAACCCACUGUCCUGGGAAAUGGUAACGAAGGAAAAUGCUUUGCAGUAAUGGGGAUAUUUCAUGAGGCUGCUCCACUGUCCCUGCUGCCACUGGAAGUUUAUUUGUUAAUAAUAGUAAAAAAAAAAAAAUGUUUAGAAUCCAAAGCAGUGGAAAUGUGAAAUAAAAACUGUCCAUCGAGCACAGAGCAGUUUGCUGUAUGGAGCCUGAGAUUGCUGCUGCUCACUCAGGUGCCCUUACGAAUGCUAGAUGUGCUGUGUGAACUCGGCACCGUGUAUUUUCUCCUGGGAGGUUUGGUGCAUCAGUGACUUCUAACGCUGUCUUCAUGACAGUCUCCCUUGUGCUGGGCCUGUUGGAGCCCAGCUGCCCAGGCUUCCUCAGCAGCUCUGGGGGUUCUUAGUCCUGCUGAUCUCCUGCAGUGAUGGAAUCUGUGCUUCGCCUCAGGUUUCCUUCCACACCCACCCCAAUUAACUGAAGUCACAACACAGACAUCGUUGCUUCUGCAGGGGUGAAAGUUAAUCACCAGCCUCUUUGCCAGUUUGUCCAAACUAUUUUAUUACAUUAGCACAACACCCAUAGCAUAAAUGAUUGGUCAAAAAGUCCUUGUUCCUACAUGUGUGAGAAUAGAGGUGAAGUGGAUCACUCCUUCCAGGCAGAGUUGAGCUCUUGCAGUGAGUAUUUCCAUGGUUAGUGUAGCCUGCUGUUUGCUGUCCUGUGCAGGUACCAUCAGCCCACAAACUAAUGGAUCAGUUAAACGAGAACGUCGUAGUCUUGCCCUUAAUUUGCUGAAAUAAAGCACGCGUUGCCUCCUGAUUAAACUGUCUGUAAAGUGAUUCUGUAUUCAUGUAAAUAAGAUGGACUUGAUAAAGAUAUUUAACACGU